AUGUCUGUAGGUACUGCAGCGGCCGCUGGUGGUAUUCCAGCAGCUCCUGAAAACCCCAUAGAUUAUCCUAUUGUAUUCACACGACAACAACAAGAAGAGGAGGAAGAUGCGGGUGUAGACAGUGAUGCUAUUUCAACUGUAACGAUAUUCACCGCCCUUCAGUGGCUAUUGCCGGUAUUUCAACUGGCCGAUUGGCUGCCAAAACAUAUAGGCAGAAAUGUAAAAGGUGGAGAGGCGUCUAGUGUUAAUAAUAAUAAUAAUAAUAAUAAUAAUAAUAAUAAUAAUAAUAAUAAUAAACGGGGUAAAUGUCCAGUGGAGGUACAAAAGACGUUGGAACUCCUCCCACACUUUGAGUCCUUUUUCACAAGUGAAAGUAAAGUUAUUCCGAAUGGGGCGCUUCUCUACACUGUGCAGAGUUUUCGUUUUCCCACUCCACGUGGUCCACGCACCAUUACACGUGCGUUAGUAGAAACCCCCGGGAAGUACUUCUCAACACUGCAGGAGGAAAAGGGUGGGGGUCACUUUCUCUGCUGUUAUGAGGAUAAGGAAUGGCUGCGUUACUUUACUUAUCUGCAGUUGGAUCAACUGCGGUUUGCGUGGGUGGCGGUGAAGGAGUUGGUGGAGGAGCACAAGGCAGUGCAGCGCACAGACGGCAGUCUCACCGGACUUGCACGGCGUGAUAUUAAAAAGAAUAACAACAUUAGUAAUACUAAUAAUACUAAUAAUGAUAAUAAUAAUACUGAUAGUCUGGAGGCUGGGGAUAUCUCCACGGUGUUGGCUCCACAGCGGCCGCAGCGCGGGAGUAAUAUCAUCACAGGCCCAACAGCCGAGGCCCGCAAAGUACGUGCGGAGCUGCGGGAGAAGAAAUACAUGUCGGAGUUGCUGCGGGAGGAAUGUGCAGCCCGCUGGCCACACACGCCUGUGCAUAAGUCUGUUGUGAUUACAGUCGCAGAGGAGCGCAUCUCGACAACAACAACAACAGGAGGAGGAAGAGGAGGAGGCCGUAAAGGACCGCGGAUGUAUAGUGCUGCGGUGGAACUGCCGCUGUUGAAUAAGAAAGGGGCAGUGGCGGUGUUUAAAGCCCCGCAGUGGUGUACAACCCGUCGAGAUGCGGAGAAUGCGGCGGCGGAAUUGGCACUCCGAGCACUUCGCGGAGUAAAGUCGUAA